UUCAGUCCCGGUGCUGCAUUUACGGUCCUGCGCCUGACCUGAGCAGCUCACCGAGGAAACUUCAAGUGCUCCUCUCAUUUAUGCAGCCUGUAAACGUGCAGGCAAACGGGUCCCUCUGUGGAGAAACAAGGGGAGAAAAGUGCAUGUGUCUGGAGAUGAUGAGGGGAAUCUGGAGAAAUGAUCCUGCAGGACUCAAAUGAUGCGGAGGACAACUUGACUGGGAUGUAAACAAGGACAACAAUCUCUAAACAACAUAGUUUCCGUGAUGAUGAUGCCUCGUAAGAUCUCCCUCCUAACUCACCUGCUCCUGCUUUUCCAGCAUCUUUUACCUCUCACCCUUUCCCUCCUUCAUCCUCCCCACCAUCCACCCAUCCACGUCCCCGCGCUGGUCCAUCACACGCCAAAGCCUCUCACCCGCUCCAGCUUCAGCGCCCACACUCAGCUGGACUUCAACACUCACUGCAACUCCAGCUGUUUCCACAGAGGAGAGCAGGACGACUGGCGGAAGCAGCUGACGGAGAAGCUGGCCUUUGAGACGCUGUACGCAGACGGCUCCCGUACCCUCACCACGGUGGACGUGGAGGGUGACGAUCACGACUUGGAGGAAGAUGCUGGCUUCACGCCAAACAUGCUAUCUUGGAGGGGUUCGGCUGUAAAGCUCAGACACAGACGCAUAAGGCGGCAGAUCUACGGAGCAGACGGACGAUUUAACAUCAGAGGAGACAACUUCCUGUUGGAUUAUCCUUUCUCCACGGCGGUGCGCAUCUCCACUGGCUGCACCGGUGUGCUGGUGUCUCAGCAGCACGUCCUAACCGCUGCCCACUGUGUGCAUGAUGGGAAAGAUUAUGUUAAAGGCGCACAAAGGCUCAGAGUGGGCUUCCUGAUUCCCCCAUCUAUCAACAGCACUCAAGCUGACUUAAAUUUGGCAGUAAAGCCUCUGGUUCGCUGGGUGCGGGUGAGACGUACACGUGUGCCAAAGGGCUGGAUUCAGGGCCCUCAAGAGGUGAGCAUGGACUUUGAUUAUGCGCUGCUGGAGCUGCGAUGGCCUCACCGACGUCCCUUCAUGCGCCUCUCAGUGGCUCCUUCCUUAGAUGAUCUGGCAGGGAACCGCAUUCACUUCUCUGGCUUUGACAGCGACAGGCCUGGUGAGCUGGUGUACAGAUUUUGUGCAGUGGAAGAAGAGUCCAGCGACUUGAUAUAUCAGCACUGCGACGCCCGCCCCGGAGCCAGUGGCUCUGGAGUUUACGGACGUGUGUGGGACAACAGCUUGGAGCGCUGGGAAAGGAAAGUUAUUGGCAUUUUUUCUGGCCACCAGUGGCUGGAGAUAGAUGGAGAAAACAGGGAUUACAAUGUGGCGGUGCGCAUCACCCCGCUAAAGUUUGCCCAGAUCUGCUACUGGCUGCAUGGAAACAGGGUAGACUGUAGCCACGACUAGAAGGGUGUAUAAAAUACAAGAAAGCACAAAGUCACUUAGAGAACAGGGGAAAUGUCCCAAUCUCUCUGGGUUGAAUCCAAACAGAGCUCUUGUCUGCACCAGUUAAACAGAUGUUCUUCCCUUCUGUGAUGACUUUUACUCUCUAUAAUGCACCUUUUAAUGACUCUCCCUGUGAGAUCAUCUAAAUGACAUCUUUUACUCACAUUCAGCUUUAAAACACUCGCUACAUUUUCACAGUUGUAGUCAAACUUUUACAUGUUUUCUUCUUUUUUAUGUCAAGACUUUUAGAUUAUGGUCCUCUGUGAGUUACUGUAAUCUACUGAAAACACGCUCAUCUUUUUUCUUCUCUUUUCAAGGAAUCAUUUGGUAUUUUUAAGGGUUUUCAAUGAUAAUCAACUGCUUCUCUACAGAACUGAUCUAAUUGUAGUUUAUGAACAUCUUUUAACAUUGAGAUUUUGGUCUAAAAUGUGCUAUUCUCAUGGUGGAUUGGGGAAAAAUACUUGUUAUUUUAUUUUGAUAAGAAAAUCUUUGAUAUAUUUUAAUAAACAGAUUUAUGUGUUUGUGC